AUCUCACUCUCUCGAUAUUUGUCACAAUGGUGAAAAUUCAAUUCAUGGUUCUUUUUUACCAAUUUUAUCUGUUCACCAUUGCCUUUGGUUCUGCGCCAUCUAAAGAGUGUUCCUCUUUGGAAGUGGAGUUGUCAAAACCUGGUGGCAACUGUAUAAUGAUCAAUACGACUUCGUCGGAAACAGAAAAAGGCARKUYAGACCCAAURGUGUUUAUUAAUGUCGAUUGCCCGGACCACAUUCAAAGUUAUUGGCUUAAUCUACCACCAUUUGCCUUUAAAAACGCAUCGAAUCGCAACCAAACCAGACCCUUUGGUGCUUUUGUUGAUAUCAUCCAAACCUCGCUAACCGUUUGCUGCACAAAUGCAAAAGAAAGACAUUUUUCGCCGAAUAUUACCUUCGACGACCUGCCCACCAAGAGCAUCAAAGAACUUCAUCAGAAAAUAUCAAGCAUGAAAGUAUCAGGCUCUAAGAAUUACAUGGCAAUGCCGSUGAAUGUUGACAAGUCGAAAAAGUAUCUUGGAAAGUUGVAUUCGUUGCCUGUCAUGGUGUCCCCAGCAGACGUGGUUCUUGUCAAGAAGUCUACUUUUGAAACGAGUGAAAACAACAAACUCUGGCAAUCAAUUCAGGGUGUGUUUUUAGCGAUCUUGCUGGCUGUUCUCCUUUCCUUGGUUGCAGGUGUUUGCAUUUGGGCGUUGGAAACAAGAAACAACCCUGACGAAUUCCCAAGAUCCUUUGCUCGAGGAACAUCUGAGGGAUUUUGGUGGGCGUUUGUUACCAUGACAACAGUAGGCUAUGGAGAUCGCACACCUAAGUCUCUGUUUGGACGUCUAUUUGGUAUUGUUUGGAUUGUAUUUGGUAUUUCGUUGUUUUCUAUCGUGACUGCGGCGAUGACCUCUGGAUUAAUGGCUUCCCUUGGCAAGGAAGACUUGGUGAAAAUCAGGGGAAAAGACGUCGCUGUUUUGGAGGGCAGCCCCUCUGUCAGUAAAGCAAUAAAAGCAUUUGCCAUUCCUAAGGUUUAUUCAGACCUCGAGUCCAUGAGAAAAGCGUUGUUGGCAGAAGAGGUGGAAGCGAUUCUUGUAGAUAUGUUCACAGGUUUCUACUUGCUUCAACACUCGAAGGACAAACUUCACGUMGGMAACCUUUUGGAAAACCCUCAGUACUUUGGAAUCGUAUUUUGGAAAAAAACAGACAAUACCAAUUACGAWAACCCAUUUCCAUCGACUACAACAGACUGCCUCAAAGAACUACUCCAAAAUCAUGAACGAGAUGUUUAUAAGGUGAUGGACAAGUACUUUGAAAGAACCAAAAAGAAAGUGAAACCCAAAGAAAACGUUGGUUUGUUCUCAAUGAAUUCUCCAUUCUUCAAACCUGUCUUCGUUGUCUUGGGUGUACUUUGUGGCUUAAUACUUGUCUUUGCSAUGGUCGAAGUACUGAUCAAUCGUACAAAAAUGGCCGAUGAUCAAAUCAAAGGUGAAACAGCAAUCCACCGAAAAGAAGAGUGCGGAUUAAAGCAAUUAACCAGCAAGGAACAGUCAAAGAUAUCGAAAAGUACUGAACUGCUGUAAAACAAUGAUAAAAAAUCAGCAUGUCAAAAAAAUCUAUAAUCUAUUAUGCAACAUAAGAUAACGUCUUAAUUAAUUCAUAUCAGGUGCAAUAUAUCAAGAACAUUACAAGACUAAGAAGAAUUAAAUACUCAAUAAACUGUAAAACAGUA